UCCGGUCUGGGACGGUGUCUGGCUUCGGGAUCAUAGCUUGAUAAUUCUUUUUCUCCCAAUUUCAGGUGUCGUCAUUCCCACUGGGAACCCUGCCUGGGCUGCGAAAUUGCAUCACUGCAACAGCUCCCCUCACCUCCUCUCCACUGGCUGGGAGGUCUGGUGUUUGUCAGGAUACAGGUAGCAGGGGAAACACCCUGCAGCCGUCAACUAUCAGGGAAAUACGCCCUCUCUGUCAUCAUGGAAUCCUAAUGCGGAGGUGGGUAUAUAAAUGCCCUGUCCCAGGACUUGGGCUCGAUUUUCCAUAGUGAUCACGGUCGCAUCAUUCUGCAAUCAACUAUCAACUUCCCCCCAAGAGCAUCAUACUUCGUUUCUUCCUUUCUUCCUACUGUAACGCCUUUCUAUCACCCGAUCGAGCCAUUCACCUCUAGGCCACCGGGCAAAAAAGCAAAGGAGAGAGGGAGUAACAUGUAAGUAGGCAGUUUUUCUUUUCUUGUUAUCUCAGGCGCAUUGCAUCAAGCGUUAGGCAUUGUGUGGGCGAAAUAUCGAAGUCUGAAUGGUCCACCAUCUCUUAUUUAUCUGUUGCUAACACACACUUUUUCCACCACAGACCGAAAAACACAUUCUCCAAGUUUGCUCUCUUGCCUUUCUCGGACCGCCGCAUAACUUUGCUGUUCACCCAACGACCCCGCUUUCCUUCGAGGAGGUUGUUUAAAACCCCCCCCGCCAUCCAUUACCAAAGAGCCCAGUUUUCCUUCGCCCCACAAACUCGCCGACGGAUCUUUUAUUCCAUCUUUUUCUGGAACUCCAAAAAAGAAGUCUAAACAUGGCAAGGUACACUACCGCAGACCCCUACUUGGGAGAGAGGGAACGACAAUACCUCUCAGAUCGUGAUACUCAGAUGGCUGUAUACUCACCUGAUGCUCAUUUCAACAGUAUCUCUACUAUCGCCCCGUACUACGCAAACCCGCAUACUUCCUCGGGUGCCCUUGUACGUAGCGGCCUUGUCGAAGAACCCCUUGUCGAGCACGAGCAUCAUCACGUUCAUCACCACAUCGAUCAUGGUAAUUGCUUCCUUUUAUCUGUUCAUGAGGGUUGAGCUAUCAUGUUAAUUUCAACAGGCAAUCCGGUUGGCGGCGGCGCGCUUGCUGUCAGACCCCGAUAUGGACGCGAAUACUCCUAUGACGACCUUUACGACCGUGACCGCAGAUAUGGCAGCGGUUUGAGCUUGGGUAGUUUGGGCCACCACCACCACCACGGCGGCCGUUAUGGGCAUCGUCACCAUGGCCUCAUGGGGGGCCGGUACGCCCGAUCAGACAUCGAUCUCAACCUGGGUUCGUUCGGGCAUCGACGAGGCAGCAUCUAUGAUAGAGAAUCCGAACUCGCGAUUAUUGAUGUUCCUGCUGGAACCCGCCGAGUGACUGUCGAUAUGGGUCGGGACAUUGAUAUCAGCUGGAGACGGGACAACGGUGUUCGAAGAUCAAGGGGAUUGGGGAGUGAGCUCUGGACUGAGAUCACUAGGGACCUUGUCACCAGAGAGGCUAUUGAAGACUGUGGAUACCCGUAUGAGGAAACUGAAUUCUUCUACUAUAUCUUCGAGUACCUGCAUCGUGAACAGAUCAACGAGUUGGUUGAUAUUUCUUACGAGAUUCGCAGACGUAGGUUUUAAUCUAUAGAGGCCCCGAGUGAUCCACGGUGCUAACUCUCAAUAGAACGUGCCAGAGACCUUGAAUAUGAUUCGAUUGCAGGUGCAGGCUUAGGCUUAGGCCACUCUCGCCUAGGCGGGCGAAUCGACUACGACUACGAAGAUACUCGCACCGAGGUCAUUAUUGACAGUGGCCGUCACGGACACCGUCGCCGCAACCGCUACUACCACUAGACGCCCCCUAGGUGCUCUAUUGCGCACGAUACUCUAUCAACUUAACGACGUUACGACCUAGAUUGGCUUUUUCCUUCCGGUGUUUCGUCCGAGGGCUUUUUUUUUCUUUUUCACAAGUGUUUCUUCUACAUGUUACCUUUUGAGGCUUUUCAAUUGUUUCCUUUUUUUUCUUUUUUUUUUUAACGACUGCGCUUCUUCCUGGACUUGAUAUCAUGCCCAAAUGAUAUAUUGUGAAAGCAUAUCUGGCGGGUUUGGUGUAUUUCCUCCUCCCCAUCCUUCCUUUUUUUCUUUAGCGACCCUCCUUUUUGUUCCCAUAAUUCUGUAAUGAAACCUGUAUCUGAUAGUGGACAUGGGGUGAUGGUGUUGGGAUUUGAGAGAAAGAACAUCUUUUUAUCUCCUGUAACUGGCAUGUGUAAAAUCUUGGUGGAACUUCUUACACUUUCGUUCGCAAUAAACUUUUUGUUUCUGGUGCAAAGGAAGUUAUCACUAUUCCAGUACAGCACAAGUACGCGUGAGAUCAGGCGACAGGGUGGGUUGUGGACUUGUAUCAUAGUGGCAGGCAGAAGCUUCGUGCUUGCGGCCGUGCUCUUGAGUGGCCGAUUGAAACAAAUACGGGGCACGGCACUGUAUGAUACCGGUAGCUACGGUGGUUGGACAGCGGGGUUUAUCGUACGGUAAAGCUUCAACGCAUCUAGCCCUUUAUGGAUCAUCUUGGCGAGGAGGAUAAGCCACUGCAGGCGUGCCUUGGUUGCUCGAAUUUCCAGCCGACGUCAUGUCGAUUGUUCGCCACGGUAGGUUAGUGUGGCCUU